AUUUUUAACAUUUCAUUUAAUUACGUCGUUAACCCGCACGACCAAAACAAUGGCGGGUUCUGCACUGAGACGAUUAAUGGCAGAGUAUAAGCAGUUAACCUUAAAUCCACCUGAAGGUAUUAUUGCUGGUCCAAUAAAUGAAGAAAAUUUUUUCGAAUGGGAAGCCUUAAUCACUGGACCAGAAGGAACAUGUUUCGAAGGUGGUGUUUUUCCAGCAAAGCUUAUAUUUCCACCAGAUUAUCCUUUAAGUCCACCAAAAAUGCAAUUCACUUGUGAGAUGUUUCAUCCAAAUAUUUAUGCAGAUGGCAGAGUAUGUAUAAGUAUAUUACAUGCACCUGGUGAUGAUCCUAUGGGCUAUGAAAGUAGUGCAGAAAGGUGGAGUCCAGUUCAGAGUGUAGAGAAAAUAUUGUUGAGUGUGGUAAGUAUGUUAGCAGAACCAAAUGAUGAAAGUGGAGCAAAUGUUGAUGCUGCUAAAAUGUGGAGAGAAGAUCGCUCAGAAUUUGAAAGAAUUGCCCAAAAAUUAGUUAGAAAAACACUUGGUAUCCCACCUUAAAUUAAGAUGUUCAAUAUUUAAUUGAAGAUAAAGUUGUAAUUAAAAUGUCAUAUGAUUUGAUGCAAAAUAUAUAUUAUGUUUAAAUUAAAAUUUUAUUAAAAUGUGACAUGUACUUACAAACAUGUUUUACAAUUAUGUGUAAUAGUGAUAAAACUACGGAAUUAAAGACAAAUUAAUAACGCAGUA